AUGGCUGCACCCAGUCUCAGAGACAUUCCCGAUCUUAAUGGAACAUGGGUAUUGAACAGAAAACUGUCAACCGAUCCAGAUGAUAUUAUGGCAUUGCAAGGCGUACCUUGGGUUGUCCGGAAGGUCUUGCGACAUGCCCGGCUUUCCUUGCAAAUCUGCCAGACCACCUCCACAUGCAUAGAGGAAAAGGUCGAUGACAGUUCCAUUUUGGCCGACAACUUGAAAUCAGUCACGAGCCUUCGUAUCACCCAAACCGUCAACCCAGGUGGCUUUGAUAGCGAAGGAAGUUAUCUAGUCGAUGGAAGCAAGCAAGACCUCUCGCUGCCCAUCUUCGGAGAUAUUCAGAUGCAGCUCAAAUUCAUCCCGAGAUCUCAUGUGCUGGAAGACUGUAUCCGUGAAACUGUGGAAGUGGCUAGCUUGACCAGCAUAGUGAUUCAAGAAUUGGCCCUGAAUUCGUCAAAGGGGUGGGAUGCGGAAGUGAUUUGGGGAUUUGAAGAGCUCGACGGAAAGAGAUAUCUCACUCGAAACAUUAGGACCACCAAGGAGGAUAAGAAGGUUAUUGCGAAGAUGGUUUACGACGGCCCAAAUUAG